CCUUCCCUGGCCCUCCCUCCCUCCGCCCCGUCUCUUCCAAUCUCUUUCUUUCUCCCUUCAGCUCCUCCAGGUAAACCCUACUCAAGCUUGUACCAACUCGUUUUUGACUGACAGGGAGCAAGGCGAGCUGUCUUCCUCCUGGGGGAACCUGGACACCUAUGCUCCCCAGGCGACCUGCUGGGCUCACCCUCUCCCCACCCGACAGACAGCAGCCCCCCUCCCGCCAGGACGGUGCCUCGCAGCCCCUGCAGAUGUGGUCAAGAAAGCUGCUAAGAUGGUCCCCAAUGAAUGGAUAUCAACAGGACCAAGGAGCCAGUGCACCUGUGAAAGUAACUCUGCUUCUCCAUUGGAAAUCUUCAGUCCUCCCAGCAACUCCAGGCAGGAGCAGCGCCCCAUGGUGGCCAGGUGGGCGAAGGGGAGCCAGGACGGUGCGCCCGCCCUCAAGAAGACGGCUUCUGACCUGCUGAGUGGUCCCAGGAGGCCGGCAAUGGACCCCGUGCACCUCAGCAUGUCCCACGCUCCCCUGGUGAAGCACUCGGACAGGCCCCGAGUCAUGUCCAAGAGCGGGCACAGCAACGUGAGGAUCGACAAGGUGGAUGGCAUCUACCUGCUCUACCUGCAGGACCUGUGGACCACCGUGAUCGACAUGAAGUGGCGAUACAAGCUCACCCUGUUCGCGGCCACCUUCGUCAUGACCUGGUUCCUCUUCGGCGUGAUCUACUAUGCCAUCGCGUUCAUUCACGGGGACCUAGAGCCCAGCGUGCCCAUCUCUAACCACACCCCCUGCAUCAUGAAGGUGGACUCGCUCACGGGGGCGUUCCUCUUCUCCCUGGAGUCCCAGACCACCAUCGGCUACGGCGUCCGCUCCAUCACGGAGGAGUGCCCUCAUGCCAUCUUCCUGCUGGUCGCCCAGCUGGUCAUCACCACCCUGAUCGAGAUCUUCAUCACGGGCACCUUCCUGGCCAAAAUCGCCAGGCCCAAGAAGCGGGCGGAGACCAUCAAGUUCAGCCACUGCGCGGUCAUCACCAAGCAGAACGGGAAGAUGUGCCUGGUGAUCCAGGUGGCCAACAUGCGCAAGAGCCUCCUGAUCCAGUGCCAGCUCUCCGGCAAGCUCCUGCAGACCCAUGUCACCAAGGAGGGCGAGCGCAUCCUCCUCAACCAGGCCUCCGUCAAGUUCCACGUGGACUCCUCUUCCGAGAGCCCCUUCCUCAUCUUGCCCUUGACCUUCUACCACGUGCUGGAUGAGACCAGUCCCCUGAGAGACCUCACCCCCCAAAACCUAAAGGAGAAGGACUUUGAGCUCGUGGUGCUCCUCAACGCCACCGUGGAGUCCACCAGCGCCGUGUGCCAGAGCCGCACGUCGUACAUCCCCGAGGAGAUCUACUGGGGCUUUGAGUUCGUGCCCGUGGUCUCUCUCUCCAAGAAUGGCAAGUACGUGGCUGACUUCAGCCAGUUCGAGCAGAUCCGGAAGAGCCCCGACAGCACGUUUUACUGCGCGGAUUCCGAGAAGCAGAAGCUGGAGGAGAAGUACAGGCAGGAGGACCAGCGGGAGAGAGAACUGCGGACUCUCCUGUUACAGCAGAGCAAUGUCUGAUGGCGGCGCCCUGGCCUCGGUUGACCCUGCGGCCAUUCCCACAUCGGAGCUCCUUUGAACAAAAUUGGGUGGGUACCUUCUAAACACACUCCCCUGAUGGGCAACAUCCAUCUUCUCCUUUGAUUUGGUGAUGCAACAAGAAUCUCUCUACCUUCGAGAGGGCUCCUUGUUUAGUUGCUUUGUCUGAAGCGAACUCCCAAAGUUCAAAUUUUUAUAUUUCGCAGGACGUGGUGUAGGGCCGUG